GUCAGAGUCGCAUUCGAAAAAUGAUAUAAAAGGCUCAGGUUCAACCGGGUCAACACCUCUGCACCCUUCUUAUCGACCUCUACCUCAACAUGGCCAUAUUCAAAUCUUUACUGGUCGCACUCACCCUGAGUGCUCACUCUGUUCAAGCCGCUCCUCAGAAAUACACCGACGUUGUCAAUUGCCUAGCUUCGUCCAAUGUUCCUCAAGACUAUCCUGGCUCUUCAGACUUCACUCAGGAUACCAUCCCUUUUAAUCUGCGCCUAAACUUCACUCCAGUGGCAUACGCCGUACCGAAAACAGUCCCUCAAGUCCAAGCUGCAGUUGUAUGUGCCUCGAAGGUGGGAGUCAAAGUCAAUCCGCGUUCCGGCGGUCACAGCUAUGCAUCUCACAGUAUUGGCGGAGAAGAUGGACAUCUCGUCAUUGAUAUGAAAUAUUUUCGUGAUACAAAAGUCGAUCCCUCUCACAACUACAUUGCUACCAUCGGUACUGGAGCAAGGCUUGGGAAUGUUGCUCUAGCUCUUUUUAACCAAGGUGGCCGUGCUAUGGCCCAUGGGAUUUGUCCAGGUGUCGGUAUUGGAGGACACGUUCUUCAUGGCGGUCAAGGUUAUGGCUCUCACACCUACGGUCUGCUUCUCGACUUUUUAGUCGAAGCUGAACUCGUGAUUGCCAAUGGCAGCGUCAUCACCGCUUCCGAGAAGCAAAACUCUGAAGUCUUCUGGGCACUGCGGGGUGCGGGCUAUUCAUUCGGAGUGGUAACAAACAUGAAAUUCCGUACAAUCCCGGCACCGGCUCAAAAUGUCCUGUUCUAUUAUCCCUACAGCUGGAACAAAACUCAGGCUCGGGCAGGUUGGGAUGCCUGGCAAACGUACUGCGGAGGCUACACUACUCCUCAGAUCCCGGCUGAGAUGAAUAUCCGUUGGGUUCUCGGCAAAGACUCCGGGGACAAUCUAAGUUUCCUUCUUGAAGGUGCUUAUCAUGGGUCUAAUGACGCCUUUUUAACAGCCAUUGCUCCUCUUCUGAAUGCUUUGAGCGCGAUUGGAGGAUAUCAGGCAAGUACUCGUGGUGUAGGUCCCCAUCAGUUGGGAUGGCUCGAUGCCCUGCUCUACGCAAAUUCCAAUGGUCUCUACAAGGAUUGGGACAAUGGCCAGACAUUGGAUACUCCUGUAAAUUAUACAGCACAUGCAAUCAUGUUUGCAAAGAGUCUAAUGACAGACAACUUGACUCCCGCUGGAACAGAUGCGUGGAUCAAUCGCUUAUACGCCACAGGACCCUCGAAUUCCCGAAACUGGUAUUUCAUCAUUGCAGCCCAAGGCGGACCCACAUCCGUCGUCCCCAAAGUCCCAGCCGGCUCAACCUCCUACGCACACCGCGACUCAAUCUACGAAUGGCAAAUCGUCGAUGCAGUCGCCGACGGUAUCUACCCAAACCAAGAAGGCAUCGCUUGGCUCAAUCCUUUUAUUACGGACAUUGAAAAUGCCGAGAAAAACGUGACUUUUGGUAUGUAUUAUAACUAUGCGGAUCCGACGUUGGGAGGUGGGAAGGCGGCAGGUGAGAGGUAUUGGUUGGGGAAUUAUGAGAGGUUGGCGAAGAUUAAGAAGAAAAUUGAUCCGGGGUUGUUGUUUGCGAAUCCGCAGACUAUCGGGACUUAGAUGUAAGAUCUUAAAUGCGAGCGGGAGCGAAGUGAGUCACGAAGUAUCUUUGCAGAAAACAAAAGGAGAAGACGACUGAUUUGACUAUCCUGGAAAAUGGAAGAGCUGAAAGUUGAAAUGUCUUGAUGUGGUCACGUGUCACUUCUCUGCCCUCCACCUCGGAGCUGAAAAUUUCUAGUCUUUCAUAAACGAACUUGCG